AUGAUCAAUCUCCUUGAAGGAAAACCUGGUCUCGAUCUAUUGCCCCUUGACCGUGUUGCACGUUCGACACAAGCGGCAUUGGCUGGCAACGAUGUUACUCGCCGAUUGUUGCAGUAUGGCGAUGAGUUCGGCAACCCUGCUUACCUUGACAGCCUGGCAAAGUUUUUGAGCGAGAGCUAUGGAACUCAAGUUCAGCCUGAUCAAUUGUGUGCUACCCCUGGAGCAUCAUUAUCUCUGCAGCAUUUAUUGACCAUGUUGACACGACCUGAAUCAGCAACUCGAUUUGCGUUUUUCCAAGAUCCCACCUAUCAUUUCGUGUAUCAGAUCUACAACGGUGCUGGUUUCAAAAAGAGCCAAUUUAUUGGUAUUCCAGAUGACUCGAAUGGUCUUGAUGUGGAUGCCCUGGAGACGUUCCUUGAACAACAUCUCAGCAAGGAUGAAGCAAAGAGCGAGUUUUAUUCUGCUGUCCUCUAUUGUGUACCUACACAUGCCAACCCAACAUCAUCCAUUUUAUCCGCUGAACGUCGAGAAAAACUAGUACAACUCGCACGCCAGUACAACGUCUUGGUUAUUUGCGACGACGUCUAUGAUUUCUUGACCUUUGAGGGUGUUACGCCGAAGAGAACAGUGGUCUUUGAUUUGGAAUCAAUGUCACCUUCCGAUAAGCCCACAGUGAUCAGCAAUGGCUCGUUUUCGAAAAUCCUUGCACCUGGUAUGCGUGCUGGUUGGAUUGAAGCUCAUCCAUCGCUCAUUCAACGUGUUGGAUCCUGCGGAUCAUUCAUAUCGGGUGGCUCGCCUAGCAACUUUGCAAACGAGAUGAUUGCUCCGAUGCUGGUGUCGAGUGAUCCCGAGUUAAGCUUGCAUCACAAUAUUGCACACUUACGGAGUAAGCUGCAUGAACGAUUGAAGAAGCUUUGGGCUGCCAUUGAAACACACUUGAUUCCAUUGGGCUGUUCGUCGACAUUACCAAGUGGAGGCUAUUUCGUAUGGGUACAACUUCCCCCUGGCGUGGAUCGUGAUUUGUUGGAAAAAGUGAUGGAUGAGCAACCAGAACGGGAUAUUGUUAUCGGUUGGGGUAAUUUGUUUGGUGUCCCAGGUGAUGCGAACAAGGAUCGACGCCGAUUUAAGGAUCAUGUACGGUUAUGUUUUGCAUAUCUUCCAAGUGAUACUCUUGACAAAGGGGUCAUUCGCUUAGCAGAGUUGAUUCGCAUGGCCAAGUCGCAGUAG